ACCCCCCUGCGGUCCAAACGGUGAAGAGUUAUUUUAAGAGUUCUAUAUGGAUGGAUUGUGAACGGACUCAUUGGUAGCCUGAUGCAGUGAAACAUGUAGUUUAUCAACUCUGUCAACUUCCAUCGGUGUUUUAAUGAUGAUUGCGGCUUUCAUUCCGGAAUCUGUUCGUUAUUUCAAUGCACCACAAACUCUCACCAGAGUUUCCUGCUCUUGGUUCCGUGGUGGUUUUAUCAGCAGAAAGCCACAGAGAGCCGAGCAGGGAGGUUGUCCUGCUGCAGCCUGCCGGAGUGAAGAGUAGCUGUCUGGGAUUGUUAGUUCAGAAGACAGCGCGACACAAAACAAAGGCUGGAUGACGCAUUACAUCGGGUAGCAUACCUGCGCAUGGGAUUUGACUUUGUAUGUUGCUUCCUUGAUUCAACUGAUAUUUUAAUUGCAUUAUCAGAUCCCGUCAGUUGUGCGCCAUGGCGGAGGUUGGGGGCUUUCUAGGGACACUCGACUUGGAUUUACAGAGUUUCCCCGCACUAGGAAGUAUGCCCUUGGCAGAGGCGCCAGCGGGGUUACUGGAUGAGAGGCUGGGACAGAUCGAGGGGAGGUUACAGCGAGGCUCGCUGACAGAUUUCGAGCACCUUAAAGGGAUUCUGCGGCGGAGGCAGCUGUAUUGUCGAACCGGAUUCCAGCUGGAGAUAUUCCCCAACGGGACCGUGUACGGGACAAGACAGGACCACAGCAGAUUCGGUAUCCUAGAGUUCAUCAGUCUGGCUGUAGGGCUGGUCAGUAUUAGAGGAGUGGACGCAGGACUCUACCUGGGCAUGAACGAGAGAGGAGAGCUCUAUGGGUCGAAGAAGUUAACAGCGGAGUGCGUCUUCAGAGAGCAGUUUGAGGAGAAUUGGUACAACACAUACGCCUCUACGCUCUACAAACACACCGACACCGGACGCUUCUACUACGUAGCGCUCAACAAGGACGGCUCGCCACGGGAGGGGGGGAGGACGAAGAAACACCAGAAACUAACGCACUUCCUGCCUCGGCCUGUGGAGAUAGAAAAGAUCCCCCAGGCGUACAGAGAUCUGUUCCAAUACAGGUGACCAGGGCUGAGCCUGGGAGAGAGGGAUGAGGAGGAGGAAAGGGAGAAGAGAUGUGGAUGUUUGGCACUAAGUACAGGACUCAGUACUCCAACUGACCUCGCUCCCCUGUCUCCAGCCCCGACCCCCAACAAAGGUGUUUAUGUAUUGUCCUUCCAGCCCCCCCAAAAACCCUCCCGUUCCUCCGAGAACCAACGACCAGAGAGAUAAACAUAGCUUGUGUUGCUGGACAUUAACUUUCUAAAAGGGCUGUUUGACCUCAGAGGGGUUAGAGCAGAGCAGUGGAAACGCUCUUCUCUCCAGCCACUGAGGAGGAGGGAGGUCCUACUACAGGGAGGUGUCAUUAGGCCCAUAAGACCUCACUCUGGAGGAGAGCACAGAGUCGAGCGGAGGAGAUAAUCUCUUCACUAAACGGAUAGGAGAGAGAGAUGGAGGGAGAGAGACUGGACUGGCGUCAGGCCUGUAUGACUGCAUAACCCACCCUGGGAUAACCGCAGGUUAAAACCACCUGAACCACUAACCACCUGAAGAAGACAAAGACUUCUCCUGAUGAGAACCACUUUUAUACAUAAGAUACUUAACCAGCAUUCACUGCAAAUAUAAAAAGGGUUUGGGGUUAGUCCUCAGCAGUUUGAGUAGGGGGUCUGAGGACUAGUAAUGGAAAGUUGAUCAGACUAGCUGAGAUGACCAGUGGACACUACUCUAGCCAAGCCAUUCACCACAGCAACCAGAGAACUCCAGGGAGCGAGCGAGGGAUUGACCAAUGGAAGUUGAGAGAAUGUCAGAAUGUUCUAAAGCAACGUGUAGAGAGAACUCAUCUUCUGACUAGUCAUUGUGAUGUCAGUGUUCUAAAUCAACGUGUAGAGAACUCAUCUUCUGACUAGUCAUUGUGAUGUCAGUGUUCUAAAUCAACGUGUAGAGAACUCAUCUUCUGACUAGUCAUUGUGAUGUCAGAGUGUUCUAAAUCAACGUGUAGAGAAAUCAUCUUCUGACUAGUCAUUGUGAUGUCAGUGUUCUAAAUCAACGUGUAGAGAACUCAUCUUCUGACUAGUCAUUGUGAUGUCAGAGUGUUCUAAAUCAACGUGUAGAGAACUCAUCUUCUGACUAGUCAUUGUGAUGUCAGAGUGUUCUAAAUCAACGUGUAGAGAACUCAUCUUCUGACUAGUCAUUGUGAUGUCAGUGUUCUAAAUCAACGUGUAGAGAACUCAUCUUCUGACUAGUCAUUGUGAUGUCAGGGCUGAGCUGGGACAGAGAGAGUACACUACUACCUAGUAUGUAUAUGUGAUGGAGACAGAUUGGCCAUGAGGGAGUAUCCAGGUGAAACAGGGUUGGCAGAACUUGGCACAUAAGUGAUAUGAUCAAUGUAAAGAGAUGUGAUAAGCUGAGAUACAUGUAAAACAUUAAUACAGUAGGACAAUCAAGGACAUGGAUGGUGCAGCUAGAUUAGAAUACAGUGAGGUUACACUACAGUGAGGUUACACUACCAGACUACGGUGAGGUUGCACUAGAGUGAGGUUACUGUAGAAGAGUUGUAGAACAGAGGGAGAGCUGUAGAGCAGAGGGAGAGCUGUAGAGCAGAGGGAGAGCUGUAGAACAGAGGGAGAGCUGUAGAACAGAGGGAGAGCUGUAGAGCAGAGGGAGAGCUGUAGAGCAGAGGGAGAGCUGUAGAGCAGUAGAGCAGAGGGAGAGCUGUAGAGCAGAGGGAGAGCUGUAGAGCAGAGGGAGAGCUGUCGAACAGAGGGUGAGCUGUAGAGCAGAGGGAGAGCUGUCGAACAGAGGGAGAGCUGUAGAACAGAGGGAGAGCUGUCGAACAGAGGGAGAGCUGUCGAACAGAGGGAGAGCUGUAGAACAGAGGGAGAGCUGUAGAACAGAGGGAGAGCUGUAGAGCAGAGGGAGAGCUGUAGAGCAGAGGGAGAGCUGUAGAGCAGAGGGAGAGCUGUCGAACAGAGGGAGAGCUGUAGAGCAGAGGGAGAGCUGUCGAACAGAGGGAGAGCUGUAGAACAGAGGGAGAGCUGUAGAACAGAGGGAGAGCUGUAGAACAGAGGGAGAGCUGUCGAACAGAGGGAGAGCUGUAGAGCAGAGGGAGAGCUGUAGAGCAGAGGGAGAGCUGUAGAACAGAGGGAGAGCUGUAGAACAGAGGGAGAGCUGUCGAACAGAGGGAGAGCUGUAGAGCAGAGGGAGAGCUGUAGAACAGAGGGAGAGCUGUAGAACAGAGGGAGAGCUGUAGAACAGAGGGAGAGCUGUAGAGCAGAGGGAGAGCUGUAGAACAGAGGGAGAGGGAGAGCUGUAGAACAGAGGGAGAGCUGUAGAACAGAGGGAGAGCUGUAGAGCAGAGGGAGAGCUGUAGAGCAGAGGGAGAGCUGUCGAACAGAGGGAGAGCUGUAGAGCAGAGGGAGAGCUGUCAAACAGAGGGAGAGCUGUAGAACAGAGGGAGAGCUGUAGAACAGAGGGAGAGCUGUAGAACAGAGGGAGAGCUGUAGAACAGAGGGAGAGCUGUCGAACAGAGGGAGAGCUGUAGAACAGAGGGAGAGCUGUCGAACAGAGGGAGAGCUGUAGAGCAGAGGGAGAGCUGUAGAACAGAGGGAGAGCUGUAGAGCAGAGGGAGAGCUGUAGAGCAGAGGGAGAGCUGUAGAACAGAGGGAGAGCUGUAGAACAGAGGGAGAGCUGUAGAACAGAGGGAGAGCUGUAGAGCAGAGGGAGAGCUGUAGAACAGAGGGAGAGGGAGAGCUGUAGAACAGAGGGAGAGCUGUAGAACAGAGGGAGAGCUGUA